UAGUUACUUUUGGUUUUAAAAUGUCUUUAGUCUUCAAUGUAACUAUGACAUUUCUGUUUUCAGCCUAUUAAUCAUGGCAACCAACCCAGCUACACUCCAGUUCACAGAGGAGGAGUUUUCCCUGGAAUCUUCUGCCCAUUCUACACCAAAAAAGGGAAGAGAGAGCACACUGGCCCAGUGUCCUGCUCAGAGCUCACUGGCUAAUGAUUCAUGCAGUCAUCUGUCCUCGAGCAGCCACAGCACUCGUUCACCAGCCAGAAACCCAAUGCGCUUCAGGAGCAUGCAAGUCAAAGUGACUCUGCUGGAUGGAUCUCUAUUUACUUGCACUGUUGAGAAACAAGCAAGAGGUCAGCUGCUCUUCCAGAUGGUAUGUGAACACUUGAACUUGCUGGAAAAAGACUACUUUGCUCUGUGGUUCAGAGACGUAGAUGGCAAUAAGAACUGGUUGGAUCCAGCAAAACAGAUGAAGAAGCAGGUCCGAGGUGUUGCCUGGACAUUUGCAUUCAGUGUGAAGUUUUAUCCCCCUGAACCCUCUCAGCUGUCAGAGGAUAUCAGCAGGUACUUUCUGUUUUUGCAGCUACGACAGGAUGUCGUUUCUGGCCAUCUUCCAUGUUCGUUUGCAACCCUGACACUGCUUGGCUCCUUCAGUGUACAGUCAGAGCUUGGAGACUACGACCCUGAUGAAUGCUCUUCAGACUAUGUCAGCGAAAUGUCUUUUGCUCCAAACCAGACCAAAGAAAUGGAGGAGAAAAUCGUGGAGCUGCACAAAACUUACAGAGGGAUGAGUCCAGCUGAAGCCGAGAUGCUCUUCCUGGAAAAUGUAAAGAAGCUCUCCAUGUAUGGGGUAAAUCUUCAUCAGGCAAAGAUGGCAGGAAACCGCUUUGACUGCCUUUCUAUGACUCACUCAGAGGACUCUGAGGGCGUGACCAUCAUGCUGGGCGUGUGCAGCAGUGGCCUUCUUGUCUACAGAGACAGACUAAGAAUCAACAGAUUCUCAUGGUCUAAGAUCCUGAAGAUUUCAUACAAAAGGAACAACUUUUUCAUCAAAAUCCGACCAGAAGAGUUUGACCAGUUUGAGUCUAUAAUUGGCUUUAAGCUGCUGAACCAUAGAGCAGCAAAGAGAUUGUGGAAGGUUUGUGUGGAACAUCACUCCUUCUUCAGGUUGGUGUCUCCUGAGGAGCCUCCUAAGAAGUUUCUUACUCUGGGAUCAAAGUUUCAUUACAGUGGGCGGACCCAGAUUCAAACUCGCAGAGCCAGUGCCCAGAUAUCCAGAGUUCCACCUAAUUUUCCACGAUGUAUGAGCAAGAGAAAUAUUCUUAGCCGCAGUUUGGAUGGAGAUAUGGGCUUGCGACAGUAUGAAACGGCACUUGCUGUCAGAGACCUCAACCCUACUGCUAAACCAGAGAGGAAGAUGGAGGAGAGCAGGCUUGAAGCUGGUGAGAGACUGAGGAAUCACAUAGCAGCAAAGGAGUUUUUGGUGGAACAGCAGAUGGAGAAUGAAGCAAAGCAGCAGGUAGAAGAUUUGGUAGAGGAGGCCAGAACAAGAGAAGUUUCUCUGCAGAGUCCUUUGACCCCUCAGAAACAUGACACAAAAAAUGAGCUGACUGACACCACCUUGGAUGGAGAUCUUACAGCUACAGAGUCUGACAGGGAUGAAGACUUAAAGACUCAAGAGACCUUAGAGAGUCCUAUGGAGGAACAGAAACCUCAAACCACCAUUAGUGCCCUGCGGCGCUCCUUUUUAGAAAAAGGAGGUGGAGAUAAAGGAAUGACAGAAUGGGACAAGCGCUUGACCUCAUCGCCUUUCAACUGUAUGGAUGACUACCCAAUGAUUGAACCGUUGGAGUUUGAUCAGCCAAAAACAGCAUUUGAUGAUAUGUCACCUGAGUUGACCGCUCUGAUGAAGCCAACCAGGGAGCAGGAGACUUUUAGAGACUACAACCUGCUUCAGACUUUGGAGAAGGAGGAAACUGUCUUCCUGCUGACAGAGACAUGUGAUCUGGACCAACAAAUAGCAGAAAAGCCCCAGGUAGCAACAAGUUCUAUGUGCGAGCCACAGAUUAACCCAUUCUCACCAGGAUUAGACGUAAUGCGCACAGCAGAUGUAGUGCAACAAUUUGUUUAUGACAGCAGCAAGGCUAAUGAUACAAAUACAGACAACAUUCCAGGAUAUAAGUCUGAGAUCAGAGAUGAUGAGUUUAGCCCGCAAGUUAGCAGUGACAGUGACAGAAGUGAGGCUAGCGAAGAUGCCAUCAGUGUUUUAGCACAGAUAGCAGUAGAGGAGAUGGCAGAGGUUGCAGUCAGACAAGCUAAAAAGACUCAGAAAAGGAUAGAUGCUAACCGUGCAGCUGACCCUGAGCAAGAGUGUACCGAAGAGACUGCAGUACCCGGCAGACCCUGUUCAGUCCUGAGCUUUUUUCCUGAGGAAGAUCUGCAUCUCAAUGACAGAGAAGACUCUGUUGACUCGAAUGAUGAAGGAGCGUGGAGGUCUGAAGACUUCCCUUCUUCCCCUGUCCAUCACCUCACCUCCUGGGACACUCCCCAUGAGACACAAGACCUGAUGAACAGAAACAACAAACGGGACGAAUCUGAACCUUUGCAGCCGAUACAUACGAAUGUCCCUACCAUGAAGGAACCUUCCUUGUUUAAAGCUUCACAGACAUUGAAAGGAGGGGUUUCAGAAGCAAGAAUCGAGAAGAGAAUUGUGAUCUCUGGAGACACAGAAACGGACCGUGACAAGGAGUGAAUCUCUGCUGCACCAUGGAUGAAAUCCAAACCACCAAACAGGCUUCGUCCAAAACCAUCUAAUGGACCCCAUAGAAACUAAGGAUUAACAUGUGCAUGUUGUUUAAUAUUUCAAGCACAAAGAAAUGUACACAUACACAGACGCACACAGACACACACACACACAACUCAAAUAGGACAAUUACUAAGGAUGUUCCGAUCCGAUCACAUGAUCGGAAAUUAGGCCCGAUCACGUGGUUGAAGACUCGAUCGAAAUCGGGCUCCGUUGUCUGAUCAGGAUCGGAUAUUUCAUUUGUUCUUAUUAUGAUCAGCACUUUAUAUUUAAAUUUAUUAUUCCGGAUAAAUACUCCACUAGUCUGCAUGUCAUGAACAGAUCACAAAAUGUUAUUCCCAGAAAUCGCAGCAGAAAACGGCAACAGUUCAAGCAGAAGACUGAUGUAAACAGUUCAAAAAAGCUAGGUAGCCAAUAACGGAUUCAGACUUCUGAGAUCAAUAACUCUUUUAAAAACACUUUAAACUGACAGCUAGUGUCUCUAAACAACAACCUCUAAAGGCAUUUCAGCAGAAAAAGACAGAGUUUUGUUUCUUUUUAAUGUGAAGCUCUUCGUACUGCAGAAAGAUGGCUAAACAACAACUGCUAACUGCUACAUGCUAGUUCUGUGAUUUAACUCCUUAGGACCCGAGCUAUUCUUUGAUAUGCC